AUGGCGACUGUUGACGUCUCGACACCCUUAAAGACCCAUCGAGGGAUCUUCUCGACAAAGACCGCUGGCGGCCGUUUGCCUCUUACACCCUCUCCCCGGACCAGAACGACAAGCAAUGCGUCUAUAAAUUCGUCACCAUUCACCCCAGUCCGGGAAUCUCAUGAUGGCGAUUCAGGGGCCCAGAAAUCUGUCUAUGGAGGAAACCUCUCUUCACACUUCGCCAAGUCAAUGUCCAAAGCUAGGGCCUACAGAGAGUCGCCAAAGUCGAACAUUGCUCGCUCACGCAAAUCACCGAAACAUCUAGAACUGGGAGUUUCUGACUGGUCAUUGACUGGAACUGGUCCAACACAUAGCCCAGCCAAGGAGCGUGUCCGUAAAGAGCAGUCUCGAGGUCGCACCACCAAGCUAGCCACGACCAAGUCCAGCGCCACAUCCAAAACGACCAUUCGCAUUUCUCACAAAGCUGGUGAUCGAUUUAUUCCUAAUAGAAUGGCAAGUGAAGGCUUGACAACAGCUGGUGCUGCAAAGCCUGAAGAAAAUCAGAGACCCAAGACAAGCGAUGGUUCAGCAGUCCUAGCCAAUGCUGCUAGCGCCUUUGAUAUUAGUAGCCGAGGCUCUGAUGACGACCUCACUGCCGCUCUUGAGAAUCUCGGACUUGAUGACAACGAAUCGUCAAGCACAUAUACGCGACCUGCACCAGAUGCUGUGGCUUAUGAAUCAUCGCUGGCCAAUGCCUGUGACGUGAAACUUAAUACACGUAUCCUAGCCUUCAAGCCUCCUCCACCAGAGUCCUCAAAGCCCAUCGAUCUACGUGCUCAGUACAACCGUCCACUCAAACCCAGCAGUGCCCAAUCUGCUCAAUUCCGUCGCCGCGUUCAGACUGCUCCAGAACGUGUUUUGGAUGCGCCCGGAUUGUUGGAUGACUACUAUCUCAACCUGCUCGACUGGAGCUCUGGCAACCAAGUGGCCAUUGGCUUGGAGCGAAAUGUUUAUGUGUGGUCAGCCGAGAGCGGCACUGUGAACUGCCUUCUCGAAUCAGCCCCUGAUACCUAUAUCAGCAGUGUCAAGUGGAGUGGUGAUGGAGCCUAUGUCGGAGUUGGCCUGGGAACAGGUGAAGUACAGAUCUGGGACGUUGAAGAAGGCACCAAGCUGCGUAGUAUGUACGGACACGAUACCCGUGUCGGUGUGAUGGGCUGGUCCAAACACACAUUGUCUACCGGUGCCAGGAGCGGACUUGUUUUCAACCACGACGUGCGCAUCGCUCAACACAAGGUUGCAGAGCUUGUCUCUCACACUUCUGAGGUCUGCGGUCUGGAAUGGCGACCGGAUGGAGCACAGCUGGCCACUGGAGGCAACGAUAACCUCGUUAACAUCUGGGAUGCACGAUCUCUGAGUGCACCCAAGUUCACCAAGACCAACCACCGUGCCGCCGUCAAGGCAUUGAGCUGGUGCCCAUGGCAACUCAAUUUACUUGCAACCGGUGGUGGUUCCUACGACCGACACAUCCACUUCUGGAACACUACUACAGGUGCCCGCACUAACAGCAUCGACACCGGGUCGCAAGUCACAAGUCUCCGCUGGAGCAACCACUAUCGCGAGAUUGUCAGCUCUAGUGGGUUCCCUGAUAACUCAUUGAGCAUCUGGAGCUACCCAACUUUGGUGCGCAAUGUCGAGAUUCCCGCUCAUGAGACUCGUGUUCUGCACAGUUGUUUGAGUCCUGAUGGUCAAAUGCUUGCAACAGCUGCUGCAGACGAGAGCCUGAAAUUCUGGAAGAUCUUUGAGCGCAAGCCUGGCACAAGUGCUGUCGCUGCUCGUGAAGGAGGCGUAGGCAGCAAAGCUACCAUGACCAAGUCGAUGACUAUCCGAUAG